AUGCACACACAUCAUUCUCAUAGUGGAGAUUAUGUGUCUCAUGCAGUGGACACUUUAGAUGAUAUGGUAGAACUCUACUAUAAAAAGGGGUUCCAAAUAGUAUGUUUAACUGAACAUAUGCCUCGAUUAGACAACAGAUUUUUAUAUCCUGAAGAAAUUGAUAAAUCCUACACUAUCGACAACUUAAAUGGUGAUUUUACAAGAUAUUUAAAUCAUGCUCGUGAUUUACAAUUGAGAUAUGCCAAUAAUAAUAGUAGAAAUAUGAAAAUAAUUAUUGGAUUUGAAGUUGAGGGAAUAAACACUGAUCAUAUAAAUUAUUCAAAGGAAUUAUUGAAUAAAGUACAAAUGAGUGUUGGAUCAGUUCAUUUUGUUAAUGAAAUCCCCAUUGAUUUCAAUAAGGAAUUAUGGCUCAAGGCAAGAGAAUCCACUAAAAGUAAUACAACUCGAGAAUUAUAUAAUGAUUAUUUUGAAUUGCAAUAUAAAGUUAUAACUCAGUUGAAACCUACUGUUGUCGGCCAUUUCGAUUUAAUUCGCUUAUUACAACCAGAGGAUGAAGUUGAUCCAACUACUGGUAAACCAACAAAAGAUGUGAAUUUAGAAACUGAUUGGCCUGAUAUUUGGCAAUUAAUUAUUCGAAAUAUAAAAUUUGUUAAACUGUAUGGCGGGUUGUUUGAACUUAAUUCUUCUGCUUUAAGGAAAGGUUGGAAUACUCCUUAUCCGAAACGAGAUAUUGCUAAUGCAAUUAUUAAAUAUGGUGAUUCCAGGUUUUGCUUAUCUGAUGAUGCCCAUUCAUUAUCACAAAUUGGUAUAUUUUAUUCCAAAGCUUGGGAUUAUGUGAAGUCAUUGGGCCUAGAAAGUAUUUAUCAUUUGGAUUUAGAUGAUCAUGAGAAAAUAGUGAUAAAAUCUAAAAGUGUAAAAGAGCUCGACAACUCUUCAUUCUGGAAAUAG